AUAACGACGGAUUCAUACUACAGUAUACAAUUUUGUAAAGCAACAUACCCUAACGACCGAUUCGUUAAUUCGUAUUAAUAAUUCAUUUGUGCUCUUUUGGUUUAUGUGAGCAUUGUGAGCCUGUACAUAUAUAACGGCUUUCGAUGAGGAAAAAUAAGGACAUCGACUUAAAUCUGGACGACUUUACAUCCACGACUAUUUUCGCGACCAAGGAAGUAAGAAUCCCAAAUGAUAAUGACGAGUCCAUAGAUAGUAACGAAGAUUAUAAUCCGUUUGAACACAGAGUAAUUGAGCAUCCUACAUCAACAAUGGGAUCGUUAAUUCAUAUACUAAAAGGCUCACUUGGUACAGGAAUCUUAGCAAUGCCAUACGCUUUCAAACACGCCGGAUUGGUGCUUGGAUCGAUCGCUACGAUCGUCAUCGGGAUAUUAUGCACGCAUUGCAUUCAUUUAUUAGUGAGUGUGUCACACGAGCUUUGCAGAAAGUUGAAAGUACCGUCACUAAGUCUAGCAGAAACGUGUGAAGCCGCCUUUGACAACGGUCCCAAACGCUUAGUCAAAUACUCAGGACUAGUCAAAACAUUAGCUGACAUAUUCUUGGUCAUCACCCACUCCAUGGGGGUCUGCGUAUACAUUGUCUUCAUAGCAGAAUCAACACAACAGUUAGUUAAACACUGGUACCCCGAAUUUGAAAUGGACACGAGAAUUUACAGCGUGAUUACUAUGAUACCAUUGCUCCUCUCAAUGCAAAUUAGACAACUAAAGUAUCUAGUACCAUUCUCCCUAAUAGCGAACGUAUGCCUAGUGAUCGGAUUUGGGAUAACGCUCUAUUACAUUUUCGAAGAAACGCCCGAUGUAUCCAAGGUUUCACUAUUUGAAUCGUUGGAGCGUUUUCCGACCUUCCUGAGCACGAUAAUUUUUGCAAUGGAAGGCGUGGGGGUAAUCAUGCCCGUUGAAAACACGAUGAGACAACCUCAGCGUUUGGUUGACUGGUUCGGUGUACUGAACGUUGCGAUGGGGAUCGUCGUCGUACUGUACUCGAUUACAGGAUUUUUCGGAUUCAUUAGAUACGGUAGCGAAACCGAAGCCAGCAUCACUCUCAAUUUACCUGUUAGUGAAGGCUUAGCGCAGAGCGUAAAGGUUUUGGUAGUGCUUGCCGUCUUCUUUACGUAUAAUCUCCAAGCUUACGUAGCUCUUGAUGUUAUAUGGAGACGAAUUUUAUCCCCAAGGGUUCAGGGCAGUCUAAAAGUGAACGUUACUCAAAUUAUAUUGAGAUGCUUAUUCGUUGCCAUAACAGUUCUAAUCGCUGUGGCUGUGCGUCAUUUGGAUGCCAUUAUUACGUUAUUUGGAGCAGUUUGCCUGUCAACUUUGGGAAUACUUCUACCGGCUGUAAUUGAUACUGUGCUCCACUAUAAGGAAUUGGGUUUCCUUAAGUGGAGACUAUUUAAAAAUAUUUUUCUGUGCGUCUUUUCGUUGACCGCACUCAUAUCGGGAUCUGCGACUGGUAUACGUAGUCUAUUGGCUUAACAGUUGAUUUGAUUUAUAGUUAUCAUUUUUAUGUAAAUAAUAAAUAAAUUAUUAUAAUAAGUAGGAAGGUUGCGACCACAAUUCGGACGUUUUUGGAAAUAUAAAGAAAAAUAUAGAUAUUUAGAACAAAAGUCUAAAAUGUUUUCAAACAUUCAGAAUUGUUAAUGUGGAAGCGCAUGGAGAUUGGUUCACAUCAAGUCUUAUAAAUUGUGCAAUGAAAAAUUUGUUCUUCCUGACGCCAAACAACAUUUAGUGGGAUUACCACUGUGGAGUGCGUGAUAUAGGUACCUAUGUAGUUACAGAAUCCCGUUGUUCGUUGUCAAUGUUUUUGUUAUUAUCUUUUGUAUGUAAAAAUAUAGAAUGUGUUAACAUUUUCCUAACCCCCUGAGGUUCUAUCCUAUUCUAUUCAUUAGGGCAGCCCGACCAGCCAUCACUUAGGCACACCAAAGGCCUAUAGACCCCCUUUCUUUCGCAACUAUUAUAUGGUCGGAGCCCGUUCUUUUCAAUAAAGGAUAGGGCCCUGUUUAGCCUAUAAGUUGUUUUACCCUCCCCGAUUCCAUACAACUGUCGCCA